AUGGUAGCGCGAAUAAUAGACCUGGACGCCUUUUAUAAGGCUGUGCGCAGAGAUCAGCGCAAAGUGCGCGGAGCAUCCAGGCGGAGGGAUGCUCCGAUGUUUGUUACCGAAUUAAUCCUAUUAAUUAAAACGUUAACCUGAUUGGGUAGAGAGCUCCGUCCCACCGGGCGAAUCUUCUUCAUAAUAAUAACCUGCUUUGAGAUAAUGAUGUAAGGCGACUCCCCCGUCCGCCGCCGCUCACGCUGAUGCUGCUGCAGAUCGCUGCUGAGAUCUAGUCAAGGUGAACUGGGCUCUCCGGAGGAAGCGGCCGUCGCCACACCUCCCUAGACAAGAAGAGCGGCGUCGAAAGCAACUUCGCAGCAAACUUACUGAGGCUCUGUGCAAGGCAGCUCGCUGGGACUAUGGACAGGAGGAUGAGCCUGAACGGAGCAGGAGACAUUUUCCACAAAACUCUCAGCGCCGUCUCUAACAAAAAGAUGGACAGCUUCAGGUCAAGCGCCAGCGUCGAUUUGCCUUCGCGGGACCGUCAGUCGCCGACUAAUUGUUUCGAACAAAAUGAAUCGGACCCGAUCCAACCCGGUGGUCUCAUCGGGGGGCGCGGAGGAGCGCUCGGCCUCCCCAGUGGAUCUUUGUGCGUGAAUUACGGAGAAAGUGGCAACCGGACCUCGGCGGCGGAGAGCAGCGGCGGGGAGCAGAGCCCGGACGAUGACAGCGACGAUAGGUGCGACAUGGUGCUUAUGGCAGACGGGAGGACAGCGGCGUCCGGGUCUAAAUCUGACGGAGGUAAGAAAAACAAGGAACAGAAAACGCUGCGGCUGAACAUCAACGCCCGGGAGAGAAGGAGGAUGCACGACCUGAACGACGCGCUGGACGAGCUGCGGGCCGUCAUCCCCUAUGCCCACAGUCCCUCCGUCCGGAAACUCUCCAAAAUUGCCACUUUGCUACUCGCCAAAAACUACAUCCUGAUGCAGGCGCAGGCUCUGGACGAGAUGAGAAGGCUGGUUGCUUACCUCAACCAAGGCCAGGCAAUUUCUGCUGCUUCUCUGCCGGCGACUACAGCUCUCACCCCGGGCAUGGGGACUUACGAGCAGCCGACCGGGUACCCCUUCCCCGCCGGAGUGGCAGCCCCCUCCUGUCCCGACAAAUGUGCCCUUUUCAACAACGUUACCUCCAGCCUCUGUAAACAGUGCACUGAUAAGCCUUAAAUUCAACCGAAAUAGACUCGCUUAGACAAGAAUGCGAAAAAACAAAAAACUUUCUUUAUAUGAAUGAAGAUUCAAAAUAGACUGAAGCCGCCGUUGCAACAUAAAGAACUUUAAAUGACUUAAAUGGGGAACACGUGCCGAAAAUGAGUAAACUUUUGUAUCAUUCACAAAAUCCAUUCGCUUAAAAUACAUUUGGUUCGGAUAUUAUUGAUUCUGUAUAUAAAACAUAAUUUAAGUGCUGAUGAGAACGAGAGUAAAAACUAAACAGAAGUCUACGCUUUGGUGAAAGAGUUAAAGGUCUAAAUCUUGUAUUAUAUGGGUGAUGCGGAUCCUAAUAUUUUUUGACCUGACAACAUGCAGUUCCUUACCUUUUAACCCACUUGAACAUUUGCUGAUGUUAUUCAGGACUGCGAACCCGUUUUUUGAUCGCAUUUGUUCUCAUUUACAAAUGAAUAUAACGUUUUCUCGGCGGUACUGAUUUAUGAAACACGAAACAUCGCAGGCUAUUCUGUCUGGAAGUGAAGAUGGGUUUAAUUGUGGUCGGGUGCAUCCGCUUGUGAAGAAACCGUUUGUUUGAAGGUUUUGCCGGCUAACAAGCGUGCUUAAUAACUCAAAAACUGCAUAGUUUCUACGUUGAACAACUGAAAUAAUUUUCAUUCCACAGCAAUUCAAAGGCGUGCUUUUUAUUCACUUUUGAUAGUUAUUUUCCAUCUAUGAAUUCGGUGUUGUAUAAGCCAAUUAUUUUGACUGCAUGGUACAUUCGAAUCUUUCUGCAUCGACACGGUCGCUGUAUAAAAUACGAUGCUUACCCGUACAGUAUGACUGGAAAGUUGAAUUAGAUGGAUCAAGCUCAUCCAGGUCAAGAUAUGAAGUAUUGUAGAUACAUUAGUCAACAUAUGACAGCUGAGGGCCUUGUGUAUGUGUUGAUAUGUUUGGAAAGCUUUAUUAAAAUAUUUUGAACAAAACAUA